AUGACGGUCACCGAAACCGUGAAAGCAGCCGUCGGGCUCUCUACCGAAUCAAAAGCAGCUCCAGCGACACGAGAAGCCAUGUCCGAAGGCCGCCUUCCUAUCGCCUACCGCGAUAGCUGUGCGAACUUGCUUAUCCCGCUGAACCGGUGUCGGUACGAGGAGUAUUAUCUGCCUUGGAAGUGUGAGACAGAGAGACAUAGCUAUGAGAAAUGCCAGUACGACGAGUUCAAGAAGAGGGUUGCGAAGAUGGAUGAGUUGAGGGCGGCGAAGGGUGGGGAGAGGAGUAACUAG